UUCUCUCUCUUCUCACUACGGAAAUACGUCUAUUACGUGGAAAAUUGUGCGCUUCCUUUAAAUAUUACGCGAAAAUUUAUAACGCGAAUAACGUCAAACAGAAACUGAACUGGUAGUCUUUGGUAGUUAUAAAGUGGGUGCGAAUAAUGUUUUGAUAAAUUAAGUGUUUUUGAAAAACAAAACUAAGAGAACAUGGAUGAAGCAAGAGUGAACAAUCGAAAUUCAUUUCUACGUAAAACUUUAAUAAUGAACAGUUACUUCCCAAAGGAAUUUAUUCUAAUAAACUCUACCGAUUUGUAAUGUGGAAAAACAGAGUGAAUAAUUUUUUGUGGUUUUGAAAAUAAAGAAUGGCACACCGAUUUUCAACAUUAAUUACUGGCGUAUUAAUAGCUUUAUUAUUUUCAUGCCUUAUCAAUCUUGAAGCAAAACAUUCCGUGAAAUCUAUUCACCGUAGAAGUUACAACCACAGACGAAAAAAUCAAGACGACAGCAGCACCAAUAUCGUAAAAGCUCAAAGUAAUCCAGAAAACGUGUUUAUCACUUCAAAUAACACCAUUGUUACAGCUCAAGCAGGAGGAACUGCGAUUCUACCUUGCAUUAUACGAAAAUCGAAUACGGGAGUGGUGUCGUGGAUUCGAAGGCACGAUUACAGACUCUUAACGGUAGGAUUGCUGACGUACAUUGCUGAUAACAGGUUUAUGGUUGAGCAUAUUCGACACCUGCAAAACUGGGGACUUCUCAUUAAACCUGUCCGCUCAUCCGACGCUGGUCUCUAUGAAUGUCAAGUGUCACUUCAUCCGUCGUCUAGCAUAUUCGUCGAAUUGAAAGUGACAAAGGUGGUUGCAGAGAUCCUUGGAGCUCCGGAUCUCCAUUUAAAUGCGGGCUCUACUCUCCAGUUGGUCUGCUCUCUAAUACAUUCGACAGAGCCACCGACAUACGUUUUCUGGUAUCACGAAAGCCGAAUGAUCAACUACGACUCAGGAGUAACCGUUCUUCCCAAUCAUUCUUCUAGCGUUCUUCUAGUGCACGACGUGGAUAAGAGUCACAACGGUAACUACACUUGCAGCCCUUCAAAUGCAAAACCAUCUUCGAUUUAUGUUCACGUAUUAAAUGCUACGGCAGAAGAACAGCCUGCUGCGAUGCAGCAUGCCAACGCUUCGAUUUCGUCGACGAAUCGGAAAUUCUUUAACUUUUGUCUCAUUUGGCCUGUAUUAAUAAUCGUGGUUGAACGAAAACGAACAAGAUGAACACUGAAUUUUCUUGACGAGUAUUUUUGUGAAAUUCUAAACUACAUAUAUAUGUAAAUACUUGUACAGCCUGUUAAAUCUUUUCCUUAAAUGAGAAGGUUAC